AUGGCUGGCGGUUUUCGAGUACUGCAUCUUGUGAGGCCAUUUCUGGCUUUCUUGCCAGAAGUACAGAGUGCUGAUAGGAAAAUACCAUUCAGAGAGAAAGUGAUCUACACGGUCAUUUCUCUCUUCAUUUUCCUGGUCUGCAGUCAGCUCCCGCUCUAUGGCAUUCAUUCAACUACUGGUGCUGACCCUUUCUACUGGAUGCGUGUUAUUCUUGCUUCAAACCGUGUGUACUUUUUAUUCAGAAAUGGUGCGCAGAAGUUGCUUGGUAUCCUGAUUGCUAUUGGAGAAGCUGUGGCAUAUGUUCUCUCUGGAAUGUAUGGCAGUGUGAGCCAACUUGGAACUGGGAAUGCUAUUCUCAUUAUACUUCAGCUUUUCUUUGCUGGUAUCAUUGUCAUCUGUCUAGAUGAACUCCUACAGAAAGGCUAUGGUUUGGGGUCUGGUAUCUCUCUGUUCAUUGCUACUAAUAUCUGUGAGAAUAUCAUCUGGAAGGCAUUUAGCCCAACAACCAUCAACAGUGGGCGUGGUGCUGAAUUUGAAGGGGCAGUCAUUGCAUUGUUCCAUCUGUUGAUUACUCGAACUGAUAAAGUCCGUGCUCUACGCGAGGCUUUCUACCGUCAGAAUCUUCCAAAUGUGACCAAUUUACUUGCUACUGUCUUGGUCUUCCUCAUAGUUAUCUACUUCCAAGGCUUCCGUGUUGUGCUUCCAGUGAGGUCAAAGAAUGCUCGUGGUCAACAAGGCUCAUACCCAAUCAAGCUGUUCUACACUUCCAACAUGCCUAUCAUUCUGCACUCUGCACUGAUUACCAACCUCUAUUUCAUAUCCCAGCUUCUCUACAGGAAAUACAGUGGAAAUUUCCUUGUUAACCUUCUUGGGAAAUGGAAGGAAUCUGAGUACUCUGGCCAUUCUGUUCCUGUUGGUGGUCUUGCUUACUAUGUGACUGCACCAUCAAGCUUGGCUGAUGUUCUGGCAAAUCCAUUCCAUGCAUUGUUCUAUGUGGUCUUUAUGCUGUCAGCCUGUGCUCUCUUCUCAAAGACAUGGAUUGAAGUUUCUGGUUCAUCAGCGAAGGAUGUUGCUAAGCAGCUGAAGGAACAACAAAUGGUGAUGCCAGGUCAUCGUGAGUCAAACCUGCAAAAGGAACUGAACAGAUACAUCCCAACUGCUGCAGCAUUUGGUGGAGUGUGCAUUGGUGCGUUGACUGUUCUAGCUGAUUUCAUGGGUGCAAUCGGCUCAGGAACUGGUAUUCUGCUCGCUGUCACAAUCAUAUACCAGUACUUUGAGACAUUCGAGAAGGAAAGGGCGACUGAGCUUGGUUUCUUUGGUUUCUAA